AGCUGCUGUAGUAGGCAGAUGCUGAGGAGGGAGAAGAAGCAGGACAGAAAAAACAACAAGUGAGUGAACUGUUGCUCUGCAAGUAAAGUCGCUGUGCGCCGGGAUUUUAUUACAAAAAGGCGAAAGUCUACAAAAGUUAUUCCUCAAAACAUGUGAUUUUUUUUUUUUUUUUUUGGAACCGACACUAAACUGCGUUAUCAUCACUCUUUUUUUUUCUUUCUUUCCUCCGUGUCUGCCUCGGACUGCCCGGAGCUUUCAGGACCCUGCAGGACUCAUGGAUGAGACGCUGUGAGUUGAAACGAGGCUGUUAUUAUGAGUGUUUGAGAGCCGAGCUGACUUUGGACCGCAGCGCAACUUCAGCCGAUGAGCCACUGAACGCGCUCCGUCUGUGGAGGAUUUCAAUCCGGUCCCGGAACAGUUUUUUUUUUCUUUUUCUAACGGCGUUUCCAUCCGAACCCGCAGCAUGAAAAGACCCUGAACACCGGGGAGAAAAAAGAGGAAAAGAGAGGAAAAAUUGGUACACUGACAAGCAAAGCGCCCUUCCCCUGUAUGUGGUGGGUGAGAUGAACUCCAGUGGGAAUACUGUAGACCCCACCUGACAGCUCUCCGCCUGAGCAACUGAAGGAUUUUCACUGGAGCUUCCACAACUACGGAGCUGGAUUAAAAUAAAAAGCAGUUUCCUUAAAAUCCAACAUAUCAACCGUUAUGUUCAUUUUUUAACAAAGAAAUUAGAAAUAUUUAUGGUGUGGGAUGUACUGUCUUUAGAUAGGGUGAGACACCGUGAAUCAGAGGAAAGUGACAAAUAAAAGGAUACAAAACAACUGAAGGCCAAGAAAUGGAAAAAACUAUUUGUCAUUCUCCCCCUCACUUCUGAUUUUCUCCUGCUCCUGUCUGAGACUUUCCCAGUUCUUCAGCAGUCCCACAUUUUAAUCCUUUGUCCCCACAAAAUCACAAAUUUCCCUCCUCCAUCUUGUCAGUUCAAUAGCUACUUUCUACCCAGACUUCAGCCUGGCCGGCACAACCAUUCCAGCUAAAGGGGAGGAGGACUUCCUCACGCUGGCCGCCUCACGGCUCAGCCGCAAGAAACGCGUCAUCGGGGCUGGAGUUGGCGUGGCCAUGGUCCUGGUCCUGCUGGUGGCCAUUCCCCUAUUGGUCCACACCACCAAGGGGGGAGGGUCGGGGGGAGGGGGCACGCAUUACGAGAUGCUCGGGAGCUGCAAGAUGGUGUGUGACACUUUCACCCCCCCACAGGGAGAGCUGACAGCCGUCUCCCCUCAACCCCCAGACUUCCCCAACCGCAGGGGCAAACAGGGCUUCAGAGGGAGCCCCGGACUUCCUGGUCCUCCAGGUCCCAAGGGGCCCCCAGGAGAGCCCGGCAAGCCCGGCCCGCCUGGUCCACCGGGGCCUGGACCCGGCGGUUACGGUCCUUCCUUCUACAGUCCUAAAAUCGCCUUCUAUGCCGGCCUCCGCAAACAACACGAAGGGAGUGAAAUACUCAAAUUUGAUGACGUGGUGACCAACGUAGGGAACUACUAUGAGCCGAGUACCGGCAAGUUCACCUGCCCUCUGCCUGGCAUCUACUACUUCACCUACCACGUCCUGAUGAGAGGCGGCGACGGGACGAGCAUGUGGGCCGACCUGAAGAAGAACGGGCAGGUGAGGGCCAGUGCAAUCGCUCAAGAUGCAGAUCAGAAUUACGACUACGCCUCCAACAGUGUCAUCCUGCACCUGGACGUCGGGGACGAAGUGUGCGUACAGCUGGACGGGGGAAAAGUUCACGGGGGAAACACCAACAAAUACAGCACCUUCUCUGGCUUCCUCAUCUACCCUGACUGACAGGAUACUCUCAUCCUCACACUUUCUCUCUGUAAUCAAGCAAAAAGUCUCCUCUCCUUUCUCCACCUAACACACCGUCCCUCCAUAGUGUCAUUUGUCAUUUUGCUGCUGUCCAGUACAUGAUAUCAUGACCACAGUUAACAGCGUUUGAAGAGAAUUUGUGUAAAAAAGAAUAUAGUAUUAUAUAUAUUACCAGAUAACAUUUACUUCUGAUACACACACCUGUGUGAUCAUCAUUCUGUGCCAUGUACAGUAUGUCAGCAUGGCUAAAACACAUCAUUCACACCUCGGUCACAUGCACACAUCUGUCUGUACACACAUUAAUACGGGUGUCGACACAUUAAUUAAACUCCAGUUGUUACUCUGAGACACGGUUUCAGCCACCGGUCUGAAAAUGACUGAAGUGAUAUCUGAAUGUAGACUGUGAGUCGCAGUGUGAGCAUUUGGCUGCAGCCGCUUGCCUUGACUGUGAGAUGGAUUUUCAAUAUGGCCCUAGACACCAAACAAGAAAAGUCAUGAAUAUAUUGAUCACAGCUGAUAAUACAGCCAAUUUCAUGAUCAUAAUGCAUCGUCUUGUACGUCUGUGUCUUCACGCCCGUGUGCGAGUGCAUAUGUGUGUGUUUGCCCUUCGGUUUGUGGACGUAUGAAAAGCAUCACAUUACUGUUGCAGUUUGACUCCUGCAGCAGGGAGGAAAGGUGUCAAGUUGUUGGUAACAGUCCUUUAACACACACAGUAUAUCAAUACUGAGGUUUAGCUAUGAGAGUUCCUGAUCUCCUGACAGAGCCUCAUCAUAUCCUGCUAACAAGCCGAGGCCCUUCUACAGCCUCACCUCUCCAGACUGAAAUAGUUUGACACUUUAGGAAAUAUGCUCAUUUGCUUUCUUGCUGAGAGUUUGAUUAGAAGAUUAUGGCCUGCAGUGGGCUACGUAGCCUGUUUAUAGUGGAAAAGAAGUAAAACAUGUUGGAAAUCACAAGUAUUUAUAGUUACUCUAAGUGUCCACACUGGUAGAUGGUGUUAAAAGCUGGUUUUCGUAGAAAGUUUAAACGCUUCUUCCUCUCGUGGAAGGCGUUCAUAGGGCUGCACUCCCUCCCGAGUUUGCAUGAAAAGUGACAGAAAUAGUUGUGUAUUGAAUUAAAAACAGAGAGGGGCUCAAACCAUCUUUCCUUACCUCCACGCUGCAGGCAGAGGUUAAAUGUUGGUUUGCAAGAAAAUUUCUUCCCAAAACGUGAAACUAUUUCUUUAAUUUUACCGUGAAUGUACACUUGUGAAGAUGUUUUUGAAAUGCAGGUGAUUGUUGUCGAUGUUUUACUGCCAUAUGCCAUACCUAUAGGUUCUCUGUGCCUUAUAAUAUCAAUUUAUUUUUCUUUUUUAUGCAUGAGAUAGUCUCCCUUGUUGAAUUUGAGCUGUAUGAAGAAGCUGAUUCGUGUAAUACACACAGCGAUGUGACAGGGAUUUCCUAUUUCCAACACGGCCAGCGGUCCUUCAACAUGUUAAUGAGAACUCGCUUUAUGAAAUGCAGAUGCUAACUGCAGACAGUGACUGUGAAUCUUUGUAUGUAGCUGGAUGUAACUCACUCCUGGUGGAAACAAACAAAAGAAGCAUGAGGCUGUGUAACUGAAAUUCUGCAUUCAAAAAAAUAUAUAAAUAUGUUCAUGUAAGCAAAUUAUUGCAUUUAACAACAGUUUUUUUUUCAUAUUAUGCUUAGACGGGUCCAAUAUAAAAAUUCCUUUGAUAUCAUCUAUUGUAGGUUUAGUGCCACACAAGAGGAAAGCUUCAUAUUGGCCUAAUAAUACAUUUAAAACAUGUGGCAGAAACUUUAUUGUCCCACCGCGCUGGGUAGCAUGACUGUACCCAGAUGAUAUUUGGAUGUGAAUUAUUCUGAUCAACUCCUCAUUCUUGUGCUGUAAUUGAAAAACCAUUAUGAUGCUGUUGUUGUACACAGACAUUUCCCCCAAAGUGGCUUUACAUAACCUCUGUGCCAUGCUGCAUCCUACUGUGUGUGUUUCCUGGCGCUGUUACCUUUGUUUGCAAGCAGUAUGGAUUCAUCGCUGUCACUGUACUUUGCGAGCUGAGUUGUGUGCAUUUGUUAUGUAUGAAAUCCACAUAGAUUUUUCUCUGCCCUUCAAGACCAUGAAAUAUAAUAAAAAAAAGAAAAUUCUGGAUUA